AUGUUCACACCGCCUUCACCAUUGCAACUAUCACACGCUUUCACCACGCCACCAUUACAAUGCCAAUCCCCUCAUACACCACCCACAAUAUCUCCUUCAUUACAGCCGAUAUACACAACGACCACACCUACAACGCCACCUCCACUCCCGAUUUCAAUGUCGGGAGAUACACUAACUCCCACAAGCGAAAAUUUAUUCGAUAAUGAGAGAAGUUCUUACUUUUCCGACGAUUCGACUGAUGAAGAAGAGAGUGACGACGAAGAGAGCAGAGAGAAGGUGACGUGGUAUAAAAGUGAGUUCGAUCUGUUGAUACAUGAAUUUGACACUUUUGUCCAAACUGCUCGGCCCCCUCUUGCACCCUUUUCGCAUUUUCGUCCCCCAUCAAAUCUCCUACAUCGCGUAGCCAAGAAAGUCAUUCGAAAAUAUCCUGACUGGAGACAUUCGACUACAGACACAAUGAGAGGUCUAAGAGAUUAUCUGAGAAGUUUAAGUUGGAGGAGAGAAGAAGACGAAUGGGAGAAUGUGUAA